AUGCGAGAAGCCGUGAUGAUGAGUAGUAGCGAGGAAGUAGUUGAAGUGACGGUUGAGAAAUCAGUUGUUGUCGCCGGAGAGAAGUUAACGCGGCGGAGGAUGAAGAGGAAAGACGCCGGAGAAGGUGGCGGCGAUGGGUUGGUGAAGUGGGAGAGGUUUCUUCCAAAAAUCGCGUUAAGAGUUUUGCUUGUUGAAGCUGAUGAUUCGACUAGACAGAUAAUCGCUGCUCUUCUUAGGAAAUGCAGUUACAGAGUUGCUGCUGUACCUGAUGGCUUGAAGGCUUGGGAAAUGCUAAAAGGAAAGCCCGAAAGCGUCGAUCUGAUAUUAACAGAGGUUGAUCUUCCUUCGAUAUCUGGAUACGCUCUUCUAACACUUAUCAUGGAGCAUGAUAUCUGCAAGAACAUUCCUGUCAUAAUGAUGUCGACACAGGACUCGGUUAAUACUGUGUAUAAGUGCAUGUUGAAAGGUGCGGCUGACUAUCUUGUUAAGCCGUUGAGGAGGAAUGAGUUGAGAAAUCUCUGGCAACAUGUCUGGAGAAGACAAGCUUCACUAGCUCCUGGUAGCUUUCCAUUGGAUGAGAGUGUUGGACAACAGAAACCCGAGGGUGCGUCAAACAAUUCGAUCAGUAACCACGGGAAUGCAUUUGAGAGAGACGAACAUCCUGUAAUUGAGAAUGGUGGUGAUGCCCAGAGCUCAAGUACAAGACCAGAGAUGGAAGGCGAAAGCGCAGACGUGGAGGUUAAUCCAAGAGACUCAUUGCAGAUGGAGAGCGCAAGGAUAGACUCAUUGAAAGAAGCCAUUGACUUCAUGGGAGCAUCACUUAAAAGAAAUGGACAACAUAACAGAGAAGAAAGUGUUGCCAAAUACGGAUCUCGGAUAGAGCUUGAUCUCUCUCUGAGAAGACCUAACGCUUCCGAGAACCAAUCUUCUGGAGACAGGCCCUCUCUUCAUCCUUCUAAUGCCUCGGCUUUCACACGGUAUGUUCACAGGCCGUUACAGACACAAUGUUCGGUGUCUCCGGUUUCUGAUCAAAGAAAGAAUGUUGCAGCAAGUCAAGUUGAUAACAUUGUGCUAAUCAACCAAUACAAUUCAUCUGAAACGCCUCCAAGAAAAAACGAGGCCAGUUUUUACACUGGAGCUAACUCACCGGGUCCACCGUUUAGCAAUCAGAUGAACUCUUGGCCAGGACAGAGUUCUUACCCAAAGCCAAUUCCAGUCAACGGUGUACAGUUCAGGGGUCCUAACACAGCUUACGCAUCUGCCAUGGCUCCUGCUUUGGUCUCCCCAAGCCCGAGUUCCGUUAGCCCGCAUGAGUACAGUUCCAGGUUUCACCCAUUCAAUGUUAGACCAGAGGGUUUCCAAGAGCGUGAUGGUUCCACCGAUCAAGAUGAGAGAAGACAUGCCUCUUCUGCUACCGAACAGAGUGCAAUAGGCAAUCACUGCAGUAGCAACCACAUUGAUCAUCAACAACAACUAGAGAAGAAGAACGAAGACGGGUGUUCGUCGUCAAAAAUCCAGCAAUCUCUUCAACGGGAAGCUGCUCUGACCAAAUUCCGAAUGAAGCGCAAGGACAGGUGUUUUGAGAAAAAGGUCCGAUAUGAGAGCCGGAAGAAAUUGGCAGAACAACGGCCACGAAUCAAAGGCCAAUUCGUUCGUCAAGUCCAAUCGACCGAGACGGCAACAGAAGCUCCACAGUGA